AAUUUGAUCUUCAAAUCAUGGAAUUCUUGUGAUCAUCUUCACCUUUUCUUGUGCUAUCAUCUUACCCUCCAAUGGUGAUUUCAUCUUCACCAUUUUCUGUUUUCAAACCCACAACUUACCUUACGCUUUUCCUUAUCAUCAUCUCCUUACACUUCACCUCCUCCGCAACCUCCAACGCCGCCGAUUCCACCAUAACCACCACCUGCACCGCUGUUCACCAACAAAACUCGUCCACCGCCAAAUGCAAUUACGUGAAAUCAAACGCCGGAUGUGAUCCAAAAGGAUACAUCAAUUACCUCCAAAUCUUCUACUGUGAUUUUUCUCAGUUUACUGAAUUAGGCUUCAUUCUGCUUCUCCUAUGGCUCGUGAUUCUGUUCUAUAUUUUAAGCAAUACAGCAUCAGAAUACUUCUGUCCUGCAGUUGAACACUUGUCGAAAACCCUCAAGCUCUCCCCUGCAAUCGCCGGAACUACUUUGCUUCCGUUGGGAAACGGUUCAACCGACGUUUUUUCUAGCGUAAUCGCCUUUACCACGGACGGUGGUGAUAUCGGUCUCAACAGUAUCUUAGGUGGAUCGAUUUUCAUCUCCACCGUCGUUGUCGGAGUUCUCAGCCUAUUAAUCGCAUACCGGAAAAAAAUCGUCGUAGUUGAUAAACCUAAUUUCAUCCGAGACGUUGUUUUUCUCCUCUUCUCCCUCUCGAAUCUCCUCAUAAUCAUCAUCAUCGGAAAAAUCAGCUUAUGGCCGUCAAUCCUCUUCGCUUCUACUUACAUAAUUUACAUUUUGGUGGUCUCUUACAUGCAUUUCAUCACCAUGAGGAAACACAGUAUAACACUCGAUGCCGUUGAUGAUGAUCAAGGCCGAAGAGUACCAUUACUGGGUUCUAUCGAUGAAGAAAAUGUUGUACAUCCUGCAGAAAAAUAUGUACAUUAUGAAGAACAAAUUGUACCGAACCGGCGAAACAGGUUUAUCAUGACCAUUUUUCAUGUCAUAAAUUUCCCAAUUUAUUUGCCCAGAAGGCUUACAAUUCCAGUGAUUACAAGAGAGAGAUGGUCCAAACCUUUUCUCGUGAUUUCGAUGAUAUUAGCACCAAUCAUGGUGGCUCUGAUUUGGAACACACAAGAGGGAAAACUGGGGUUAAAAGCUAGUGUGAUGAUCUACUUCGUGGCAGGUGCAAUUGGAAUAGCUUUAGGGACUUGUACAUUUGCCUUCACAAGUAGUACACAUCCACCACAAAAUUGUUUAGUUCUUUGGUAUGCAGGUGGGUUUCUAAUGAGUGUCGUUUGGACCUACCUUACUGCUGAUGAAUUGGUCUCUUUGUUGGAAUCAUUAGGAACCAUUAUAGGAAUGAGCCCUUCAAUCAUUGGGCUAACCAUCUUGGCUUGGGGAAACUCGAUCGGGGACCUAACCGCGAACGUAGCCAUGGCUAUGUAUGGUGGACCCGACGGGACUCAAAUCGCAAUGUCGGGUUGCUAUGCUGGACCCUUGUUUAAUCUUCUUAUCGGUCUGGGAUUUUCGUUCGUUUUUGUAUCGUGGUCAAACUAUCCCGGUUCGUAUGUGGUUCCCGAAGACCCGUAUAUAGCCGAAACCAUCGGGUUUUUGAUGGCGGGUUUGCUUUGGGCGCUUGUGAUUUUGCCUAAAAGACAGAUGCGACUCGAUCACACGCUUGGAGGUGGGCUUUUGGUGAUUUACUUGUGCUUCUUGUUUAUAAAGCUUGCAAGGGCUCUUGGAUUGCUUAGUGGUUCGAGCUCUAAUUAAACACCUCUUAGGUUAUUUGUAAGUAAAAUCUUGUACAACUUUUAGGACCUUUUGCUUUUGUUUUAAUAAUUUAAUGUAACGUAUCUUUA